CCUGAUAUCAUCACCCAAAAUAAUCUGGAUGAAGUUUACCGUACUACUGUGGGGUAUGAGAGUAUUCCAGCCACCUCGCUAGCUGUUUCUUCUGGUCUUGACAAAACCGGUAUCAUAACCAGCCUCUCUGGCGCCACUACACUUAACACGAGCGUUUCCGUAGGCGAUAGUAGCAGCAGUUGCUGUGACAACUCGUUUCCAACUUCCUCACCUUGCGCCUCCGCGUCCGUCACCAUCUCGUCCUCAAGCCCUUGUUCCACUUCGCCGACAACUCUCUUACCCCAUUUGCAGCCUCUCCAACCAGCUUCAUUCUCCUCUGACUUGAGCAGCAUACCUCAUGGGUCUAAUCACAACCUUUCUUCCUUAGGAGCAGGGGUUACUGAAACCUGCAUCACUCUUGAUUUGGCUUUGGAUACCGCAGCUUCUAAUCGGGCAACCGCUCUGAGGCCUCUGCCGGCAGCUGGCCGGUUCUCAUUCGCAACUGGCAGUCUGAUAGGCAUACCUACUGUUAACACAAUUUCUUCUAGGUCAUUGGCGACAAGCCAUGUUUCAGUGCCUAAUUCUGCCUCUUCAUUAGUUGCAGGCCCAAGCCCCUCAUAUAUUGGUGCUAUAACUUCUCUCGGUACGUAUGGAUUAGAGUUGCCAUUUUGA